CUUCGUCUAUACCUCAGGUUUCUACUGCGCGCAAUCACUGCAACCCAUUGUACUCUCAGGAAGUCUUCUCGAGGAAGUUGCAGGUCGUCUAAGGGUCUUGGUGUUCGCGCGCCUUUCCCCCCGGUCUUCUUUCAAUGGCUUCCUCCGAGGUCGACCAAAAGUUCCUCGGGCGCCUUGCGAAAGCCGUCGAACCGAACAAUGCGCUUCUCGGGUCUAUGCUCUUCAAGAUUCUGGGCCUAUCCAUCAAUGUCGCAGAUCAGCUAGUAAAGGCGCGGAAGCAGCGCCGGCCGGAUACCAGCACCACCAGCGGAACAGCUGCAAACCGCGUCGCAGAAUCCCUCGAGUUGUACUUCCACAUCCUAUGGCUCUCACGCGAAGGUCUCGUGAUGUUAGAGCAGUACGUUUUACCUAUGGUAGGCGACCACGUCGAACUCAAAGUCCUCGCCUACAAACUCCGCGCAUCCUUCUACCACAUCUUCGUGCUCUUCCACAACAACCCACCAGUCUCCGCCAUGGCCAUAGCGACGACACCACAACCCGAUUUCGCAACAAUGAUGCCGGAUCUAGCAGCCCCAAGACUCGACAAAGGAAAAGGUGUAGACAGGGGCGACCCAACAGCAUACGUCCAACCCCUCUUCGAGCAAAGCGGUCCCGCACCACCUCCAGGUUUCGAAGCACAGGCUCAUGCGCAAGGGAUGCCUCAAAUUCCCCUCGAACCCGCAGCUGCGUUUUUACUACCGUCUGUGGAUUACUUACCGACAGCACACCAGUACUUCCGCGAAGCGUGUCAUUUAGCAGAUACUUUACUCUGGGGAUCGCAUUCCCUACGACUGUCGGUGAAAACGGAGUACGCGGCGUUCUUAUACGAAUGCGUGCAUGAUCGCGAGGGAAGUCGCAAACUAGCGCGUGAUACUAUUGCGGAGGUGUAUGAGGCGAGUGAGGGUAUGGACGAUGAUAUGUUCAACGAUGCGUGUGAACUCGUUACAGUGCUAGGGAAGAUGAUGAAGCGUGGAUUGGGAAGUGCGGGGGGAGAUAGAGGGGGAGGCUCGAGAAGUGGUGGACGACCGAGUCCGAGUGCGAUGGGGUCGGUGUCCCAGGGGGAGAGCAGUGCGACGAUUGUUCCGCCUGUGCCGCCGGUGGGCAUGGAGAAUCCGAUAUAGGAUUGGAUUUAAAGGUCAUGGGCCGUGAUGUCUGGCGUUGAACUAACAUACACCCAUACCCUAUAGACGAGUCAUUUGUCGGCCAUAUCACAUAGAUCUGGGAUUUUCUUCGACCACGAUCUACCCGAAUCCCCAUACACGUUCACACGAGCAUUGCCUCGAUACGCAAACACCACGCCAUACAUCUACAGUUAGUGAAGGCCUCAUCCGAAGCAUACAGGAAAAC